CUAUUUUUCCUCUCCUCUCCCGGCUCGGGCUCCGAGUAAAAAGAGCCGAGGGAUCGGCUUCGAGUCCCCCUCCCCCACCACCACCCCCCCCACCCCGCCUCAAAAAAAAACAAACACUAGUUAUCGUUUCCAAAAAAACAAAAAUCGGAUAUUUUUAGUUUGACUUUGAGCGGCGAAGGGAGCGGGAUAACGAUGCGCCAGGCGCAGGGAGAGCACGGAGCUGGGCUCGGGGUGGACUCCCUUUGCUGAAUAAUCCCCAGGCUUUGGAGGGGGGGGGGCAGCGGCCUGUGGAGCGGGUUGGUGUUGAGGGGAGGGGGGGGACGCGCAGCUCGCUCCCGCGGGGGAGCCGUUGAGAACCUGCGGCCUAGUCGCCGUGCGUGACCCCCCCCCUCCCUCCGCGCGCCCAAAAAAAAGACUAACACUCCCCCAGCCCUCGCCCUCCCUCUUGCUGAGACCUUCCCCUUCCUCCUCCUCCUCCUUCCUCGCUGCUGCUGUCGCCGCCGCCGCCGCUGCUGCACCACUACCACCACCAUCACCAUGGCAGAGGAGCAGCCGGAGCCCGGGCAACAGCCUCGCAAACAAGAGGGCACCGCGGCUCUGCCGUCUCUGGUGCCUGGGCUCUCACAGUCGGAGGCGAGUGCACUGCAGCAGAAACUGAAAUACUUGAUCUGCAAAACUGUACAAUCAAAAGUGGACUGCAUUUUGCAAGAAGUGAUGAAGUUUACAGAUCUAGAAAAACUCUACCUCUACCUUCAGUUGCCUUCUGGUCCUAGUAACGGAAUCAAAAGUAAUCCAAGUUCUUUGUCAUCCAGUCGUACGCAACAAAUGCAUGCUUGUAACUGGAUCCGAAAUCAUUUGGAGGACCACCCAGAUACUUCACUGCCCAAACAAGAAGUCUAUGAUGAAUACAAAGGCUAUUGUGACAAUCUUGGUUAUAACUCUUUAAGUGCAGCUGACUUUGGGAAGGUUAUGAAGAAUGUCUUUCCAAACAUGAAAGCUCGACGCCUAGGCACAAGAGGCAAAUCAAAAUACUGUUAUAGUGGUCUGAGGAAAAAAGCUUUUGUUCACAUGCCAUCGCUACCAAGUCUGGAUUUUCACAAAACUGAAGGGCCUGAAGGGUCUCACUCUGCAGACCACCUGCAGAGCAUUGAAGAAGAGGUCAGAUCUGCAGCUUGCAGUCUGGUGUGUGAGUGGGCUCAGAAAGUAUUAAUCCGAAAAUUUGAUUCAGUGACUGAUCUAGCUCGCUUCCUUGUUACCAGUCACUAUAUUGGCACAAAGUCAGUUGCUGCAUUGUCAGUGAUGGCAGGUGCAACUUCAGGAACAAAACAACCUUCUGCUUUUGUGCCCAUGACUGAAAGCAAUUCCUUUCAGCCACAGGUAAAGACUUUGCUUUCCCCAUCAGUCGAUGCCAAACAACAAUUACAACGUAAAAUUCAGCAGAAUACACUGAAGAAACAACAGGAGCAGAAACUUCAGUCUCCACUACCAGGCGAGCAACAAGUAAAGAAACUAGAAGGUGCCACUGUUGGGCAAGUAUCCAGCAUCCCCAAUGGAAGCCCUGCUCUUCUUUCUCCUCAACCUACUAUUGGCAUUGUGGUGGCAACUGUUCCCAGCCCUAUCCAAAUGCAAAGAAGCAGGCAGAUGAUGACGUCACCGAGUCCAUUAGGCUCAUCAGAUAGCAAGGUUCUUCCUUUGAAUGUUCAAGUUGUUGCACAACACAUGCAGUCAGUCAAACAGCAGCAGAAGACUGUCCAAAAUGUGCCUGCCAGUCCACAGAAUGAUCGCUCAAGACCUCGUUAUCAUCAAAUUUUGCCUAAACCAGCCUCAACCAGCACACUUACCCUUAAUUCUCCAACUACAGUACUUUUGGCUGGAAGUCCAAUUAAAAGUGUUGUUUGUGGAACGUCCCACGCAAGCCCACUGAAUAUGGUAAAGAUGGCAGCAAUAUCUCUUCCUCCUAACACUGGCACAUCUCCCAAACCUACAUCAUCAGCAAGUAAUAAUACUGGAACAACAGAUAAAUUGAAAACUCCAACAUUGAGGGGUGGCUCAACUUCUUGUCUUCCUGCUGCAGGCACCAAAACAAGUUACGCUACAACCACACCUACUGCAGAGAUAAUUAAAUCUGAACAUGAAUCAAUAUCAAGUGAUGAAAAGCAGAUUCAGUGCCACGAGAAUUUAAGUCAGAUGAAGGAUCCUAAAAGAGCAGUUGGCUACUCAUCUUGUGGGCAGAAAAAUAAUAGUGAAGCUAUUGUGAAAGUGAAGCCAUCAAAUGGGAAAACAGCUAAUGAGAAGACAGCAAAAGUCUGUAAUGGUCAGAAAAUUGAAGGAAGAAAGACCAAAAAUGAAGGGAAAUUUGUACAUAAUGAUAAUCUGACCAUUUCAAUAGCAGGAAAUAACCAAAAUGCUUUUUCUGUUUCCUCUACUUCAAAUUUCACAAACACCAGCGUUUAUGCAAAAUCCAUUACUGAUACUGCCAGGUCUCAUAAAGACAAUGGGCUAUGUCCAAAAAGUCCAAGAAAACGUUCUCCCUCAACUUCUGCAUUUGAACCACAGGUGACUCCUGUGAAGAAAGCUCUACUUGUAGAACACACUGUAACUAGUGUAGAACAUCAGAAGACCUGCCAUGGCACUAUAGUAAUGACAUCUCCAAAACCAACUGCAGCUUUACCAGUAAAAAGCGAGAAUGCAACAGCAGUGGUUCAGGCACCUGGCAAAGUUACUGUUAAACUGAAUGCAACAGGAAUAACCCGUAUAUUAGCAAAUCCUUCAUCUAAUAUUCAAGUAGUGACCUUAGAUUAUCCACAGACUACUGCAGAACAAACAAAUACCUUUAAAGAAAACAAAACAACGGACUUAGAAAUGGGUUCAACCAGUUUGCAUGGAAUCACCAGUACAAAGCCGACCACCAAUCAUACUGACAUGCAGCAUAUCAAAAAGGAUCACCAGUGUUUUGGGACUGCAGAAGGACCGCAAGUUUUAAAUGCUAAUGUCACUGGGAAUUCAGGGACCAUUGAUUAUCAGGUAUCAAAGUGGGAGCCAGGACAACAUAAUGGGUUGGAUCAACAGUCUUAUGAUCAGCAAAUGCAGAAUCAGAACCAGCUACAAAGUUCUACAUCAAUUCAAUUACAAGACCUAAAUCAAGCAACGCUAUCAAACCAGUUACCUCUGCAGGAUAACUUGAUGGAGCUUGCACCUUCAGGUUCACAAAACAAUGAAAACUACUUUCAGUUUGAUGACGAUCUUACACAGGACAGUAUUGUAGAAGAAUUAGUAUUAUUUGAAGAGCAAAUGUCUAUGAAUGUUGGUUAUGGAACUGGUUUGGGAAUAUCUACUCAUUCCACAACAGGUCAAAGUACGAUAUUGUCAUCUCAUCAAGCUGGACAAUUCUAUCAUCCAAUCCAUAGCAGUGGCACUCCAACCCCAACUCCUACACCUACACCAACACCAACUCCUACACCUAAUCCAACACCUACGUCAGAGAUGAUUGGCUCUCAAAGUUGUUCAAGUCCAAAUUCCAGAAUGGCUCAAACAACGCCUGUAGAUAGUGCGCUUGGCAGCAGUAGGCAUACACCAAUUGGCACUCCUCAUUCAAAUUGUAGCAGCAGUGUGCCUCCUAGCCCUGUUGAAUGCAGAAAUCCUUUUGCUUUUACUCCCAUAAGCUCCAGUAUGGCAUACCAAGAUGCCAGUGUUAUUUCUAGCAGUCCUGUUAAACCAAUGCAGAGGCCCAUGGCCACUCACCCAGACAAGACAAAAAUUGAAUGGAUGAAUAAUGGAUACAACACUGGAGUAAGCAACUCUGCAGUUUCUAACAAUGGUGUUGGUAUUCUUCCCAGUUAUCAGGAGCUGGCUGAGGACCACUUUAGAAAGCCACAUGCCUUUGCAGUUCCUGGACAAACAAUGCAGCCAUAUCACCAUAAUGCCAUGCAGUUACAGUCCAGGCAUCAUGAUGCUCAGUUGGGUCGUUUGACUCCAGUUUCACCUGUAGCACACCAGGCAGUGUCAGUGGCUAAUGGCAAUAAGCAGGAGGGAUUUGCAGUUCCAGCACCACUUGAUAACAAAGGAAUGCAUUCAUUAAUCAGUAAUUUUAGGUGUCGCAGUGUCAGUCCUGCUGUUCAUCGUCAGCGUAAUCUUAGUGGAAGUACUUUAACUCCUGUGAUUAACUUGCCAAGAACAAGUUUGGCAUCUUUUGGAAGCCCAGUAACACCUGAAGUUCAUAAUACAUUUGCUAACAGUCUUUCGGACAACAGUGCCAACAGUAUGGCUCAACGAAGCCAGUCUGUCCCUUUGUCUGUUAUGAUGCAGACUCCUUUCCCAUCUUACCAGAAGCAAGCCAACACUAAGAAAAUUACAAAUGUGUUGUUAAGCAAACUUGAUUCAGACAGUGAUGAUGCAGUCAGAGGUCUAGGAAUAAACAAUCUACCCUCCAAUUAUACAGCAAGGAUGAAUCUUACUCAGAUAUUGGAGACAACAUCUAAUUGUGGUAGUGCCAACCAGCAACCAAUGAUUAGUUCAAGCACUUCUGUCUUUGAAUUCCAGAAGCCUAGUUACCUCAUAAAACACACCAAUAAUGAUCAGUUGGGUUAUAUUUCUGAGGAUAACCAAGCACAAACAGAAGCUAGGGAGCAAUCAUUGGAUUUCACCAGUACAGUCAAAGACUUUCUGGCUGAAGACAGCCUACAACCAAACCAGCAAAUGGUUGGUCAAGUAACAUCAGAUCUCAAUGUUGCCUCUGAUUUCUCCAGUGAUCUCAGGUUGUCCACGGAGUUUUCAGGCAGUAUAAAUGAUUUGAGCACUUUAGACACAAAUCUGCUGUUUGACCCAAGUAAACAACAGGGACAAGAUGUUGAUACUACACUGGAGGACUUGAAUGAUGAUGCAGUGUUCCAGCAAAUCUGUAAUGAGUCCAUGAAUUCCAUGCAGUCUUCAGGUUUUGACUGGAUGGAAAGUAAAGAUCAUCCUGCGGUUGAAAUGUUAGGUUAAAUCAAAGAGUACUGUUAAACAUAUAGCACACACUUACUUUUUUGACACAUUCUAUUUGACCUAAUAGAUGUGCCUGCCUUAAGAGAAACAUUCUUUCCUUAAAAACAAAAUGGUGUUACAGAAGAAAACCAACUACUUUUAUAAACUUGGCAUUGAAUAAUCUCGUGUCCAUAAUUUUAUUUUAGGUGCCAGUAACUGACAUCUUCCUGUAUGUAUGUUAUCUCAUUGUGCAAAUAUAAGCUAGUCUGUCUCAGGUGGAUUGCUCUUGUAAAACGUAAAUGCAGUUAGUCUUUUUAAGAUCAGUGGUGAGAUUUCAAUCCUAUUCAGUUUAGUUUAUCUUGUGUACAGAAACAUUUUAACUCCUUGCCCUUCUGACUUUAAUAUUCACUAUAUAAUUUUGUUGAAGAUAAGUUCUGUCCAAUAUUAAAAAAAACUAGUCAUAGUGUGAAAUGUAGCUACUGUUAUCCUGCACAUUACAUUAAUCCAUUUGGUUUGCAAUGUGUUUUCUACUGAAUUUUCAAUAACUCUUGAAAGAAGUUGUUUAUAUAUGGAUAUUAAAGUCUCCUUUUGUUGUUUUUGUUCUCUGCUUAAUUUUACUCAAUGGUGGCAUCUGGAACAUAACAUGUACAAGAAGUUCUGCAACGACAAGAAAGGAAACAUAGGACACAUUCUUCAUUCAUGAGAUCACUCAAACAGCUAAAGCUAAUCACAAAAUUCGAGUUGAUGGAGAUACUGACUUUAAUGGACAAAACAUUAGUGAGAAGUCAUUGGGAAUCUGCAGUAAGAGUGGAGAUAUGUCUAUCUUUUGGCAUUUUGAGUUAUAUGACAGUUAAGUCAGAUACAUUUCUUCAGUUGUCAGCAAUGUCGGAUUAUCUUUUAACAUGGAAUAUACAAACCCUUAAAUUUGAAAUUUAGAUAUGACAGCAUAUGCAUUGUGUUUUAUCCCUUUUUGAUGUUCCUUUAGAGUCAUUAACUUGUUCUUGCUUGCUACAUUCCUCUGCAGUAUUAAACUCAUUUAUAUUAAAUAGAUAAGCAACUCUGUUGAAAUCGUGCAUACAGGAAUUGAACACAAACUCAUUAACAAGUGCACUAAAAAUAAUGCAUUAAACUCAUUGCUGAGAGUCUAAAAUACACAAUGAGAGACCUCUUAAAAAUAUAACAUGUAUUUCUUUGUUGUAAAAAAAAUAUGCUGGAUUAAGUAUUUUAAACAGAAGGCUGUCACCUGGAAAAUUAUUUUCAUCAUGUGCCCAAAAGAAAGAGAAAAUGUAUCAAAAUACCUGAAUGUUAAAACCUUCAAAAGAGAAGAAAACUAGAAGUUGCACGUAUUUUUCUAUUGCAGAACAUACUCCUAAAAGGAUGAAAUCAUAUUUUCCUGAACAGUAUCUCGCACACAGCAGGAAAUGAGUUAAAACAUCUGACAGUAGAAUAUUGUUGAAUGAACUCAAAAGAAACUCACUAUAUUCAAAAAGGAAUUGGUUUUAAUUAGUCUCUGGUAUAAUUUUAUCGACAUUUUCUCCCUCUUGAGGGUAUAUCUAAUCAAAAUCCACAAGUUUUCCUGAUUGUGCUUCAGAUAAAUAUUAAAUAGAAUAUGAUCCUGAAAUAUGUUUUACAAUGUAAGUAGAGAUUAGAAGAAUUUUGAUCUGAGUAGAAGCAAUAUAGAAAUAGAUUGAGCAUGUUGACAAUAAAUACAAUGCAGACAUGUUGAAUUGAAUGCCAUUUUUCUGUGUUGUGGGUUUUGCCUAAUUCAGUGUUAAGCUUGGAAUGCCCCAUUAAAAACAAUAGUGCAAAGAUAAUCCAUAAUAGCUUUUAAAAGAGAAAAGGAUAAAUUAUUGAACAAGAAUUACUAAGAAGUGAAGAAUGUUAGGGAAAUGAUGCUAAGUAGAUAACACAUUUUCAGAGAGAUUAGUUGGGCACAAAGCACCAAAUGUUCUCAGAUGAAAUAAAUGUUUUUUGCUUUUAUGGUUGGCUACAUCUCUGAAGUAGAUGGUGGGAAGUUGAAUAGGCUUCUGAAUGAAGUGUUUUUGCUGGAUGUAGCUGUGUAUAUUUCAAAAUUUUUUUUCUUUAACUGGGAUUGGUUAAAAGCAUAAAUAACUAAUUUGAAUCUUAAAUCUUUUGAAUUGUAAAGUUCUACAUCACAUUGCAUUAAUCCAUGGAGCAUUCACUGGAACUUCUAAAUUUUUGGAAAGAGGAUUGAGUUUGACUGCCCCUCACAGUUGAACAGCCAUCUUAAUCCAAACUUUCACCUGGAGAAUAUCAAUUUACUUAAGAUAACCUGAGCGCUUCAUAAAGCAUGAAAUCGUAACCAGAUACGAAGUCACUUUAAGAAAUAGGACGGUGAUUUGAUUGGAAAAUCAGAAUGAUGAAGAAAAAACUAAUGCUAUGACAAAGUCCAUAAUAAAUUUAUGUAAUUUGAUCCCAGUAACAAUUUGUCUAAUGUAUAUUUCCCAAUAUAUAGAUUAUCGAUCAUCUGAAUCAAUAGCAAAGCACUUUAAACAAAUGAUUGGCAAACUGUAAAAGAAUUUU